GAGAGAGAGAGAGAGAGAGAGAGAGAGAGAGAGAGAGAGAGAGAGAGAGAGAGAGAGAGAGAGAGAGAGAGAGAGAGACGGGGGGAGUGAACACGGCACCGAGAGACAGAGUUCCUUUGCGGAACGCAUUUCGUCGUAACUUCAGAUAGUUAAAACUACACUCCUCUGCUUGAGUUGAGACGUCGGCAGUCGCACCUCCGAAACACUCAUCCACGGUAGAAAACUUAUUUUGCCGUUUCUUUUCCUGUUCCCCAUUCGUUCUGCACUUUGAGCCCGUGUCUAAUGGAGGGCCCAGUACGGAUUUGCCAUCAGAAGAAUGAGCUUUUCUGCUAGUUCACCCGGCUGGUUGCAGGUUUUACCCUCCUGCAAGAGAGGUGUGCUGAUCAGACGUCAGGUGUGUGUGUCGGGUGUGUGUGUGUGUGUGUGUGUGUUGUUGUUGUGUGUGUGUGUGUGUUUUGGUGUGGGUGCUGGGUGCUGGGUGGCAGGCGAUCAGCAGGGCUGAGUGGUCACUAUGGCUGGUGGUCUGAGGGUUCUCUGCACUGUGCUUUGUCUCAGCCAAGCGCUCCUACUCUGUGUUGCGUCUCCGUCUCUGUCGUUCCGUGCUGAGCCCAUGUCAGUAAUACUGAGUCAGGGUAGUACAGUCCACCUGCGCUGCUCGGUACGACCCAACUCUGCCAGCCUCUCCCUGUCCUGGCGCUUUAGGGGCCAGCUCCUGGACCCUGUCACCCUGCCCGGGGUAGAGUUGAGCCAGAACAGGGGCUCCCUGGUCCUGUCCUCCCUUCAACACAUCCACCAGGGACUAUACCAGUGUGUGGCUCAGUCAGACGCAGGGGCCAUCGUCAGCCGACACGCACGCGUAGCUAUCGCAGAUAUAGGAGAGUAUGGUGAGAUGCGUCGUCGUACGUUGGUGGUCCACGAGGGUAGCAGUGUUGUGAUCGAGUGCCCUCUGCCCCCCAGCAACCCACCUGCUCUGCCUCGGUUACGGGUCCGAGGGGAGUGGCUAGAGAAAUCCAUAGAUGACUAUAUAGUCCUCCCAUCUGGGAACCUUCAGAUCCUCUCUGUUUCCCCCCAACAUGGGGGCAUGUAUAAGUGUGGCGCGUACAACCCUGUAACCAUGGAGACCAGAGUAGAGGCUCAAGGUACCAAGCUGACUGUCAAACCCUCUGACGACCCCUCCCCGCGGAGGAUAGUAUACCCCAUCACCCCUACUACUCUAUCAGUGGAACAUUCCAGCAUGCUGGUGUUGGAGUGUGUGGUGUCGGGCAGUCCGUCGCCCGUUGCCCAGUGGCUGAAGAAUGGACAGCAGGUGACACCACCAGCCGUGCCAGCAGGGAACAGCAGGAGACACAACAACCUGGUCCUACUGAACCCGAAGAGGAGUGAUGGAGGGAACUACCUGUGUUCUGUUACCACGGAGACGGGGAGAAUCCUACUCAGUGUCAACUACACUGUGAAUGUGCUCGAGGAGGCAUCUGUGCUGAGGAGUCUGUCUGACCAGACUGUCUCGCCUGGAGACGCCGCUCGCUUCACCUGCGUUGCCAAGGGAAACCCCACCCCCAAUGUCACCUGGCUCUUCAACUCUGCCCCCAUCGCCCCCUCGCCCCGCCUCCAAAUUUCAGGCUCCUCCCUCUGCAUCAAAGGGGUGACAUCACAGGACGUCGGUGUGUACCAGUGCCUGGUGGACAACGUGAUUGGCUCAGCCCAGUCAGCUGGCAGGCUCACCCUCCAAUCAGAAGAACAAGAACCUCAGCCUGGUUCCACCGCUGAUAUUCUGAUCGACGCUCCACCCACCUCUGUCCACCCAAUCCAGAGCGACGAGGGAGAUGAGCUCCUCCCACCCGAGGAGGAAGGGGAAGGGCUAGGGGAGGGGCUAGGAGAAGGGGAUGGGCUAUGGGACACCAUGGGCCAACCAACAGAGAGGAGCAGCGACCGGCCCACUCCUGAAGCACCAAUCAUUACUAGCCCUCCUCAGACUCACAAACCUGAUGUCUAUGACCUGGAGUGGAGGGCGGGCCGUGACUGGGGACAUCCAAUCAACGCAUACUUUGUCAAGUACCGCAAGGUUGAUGAUGUGACGUGGGUUGUGGGUAGCUGGCAUACGGUUCGUGUGCCCGGCAGUGAAAAGACCCUCCGUCUGUCUGAGCUGCAGUCGUCCAGUCUGUAUGAGGUUCUGAUGGUGGCUCGCAGCGUCGCAGGAGAGGGACAACCAGCCAUGCUCACCUUCCGAACUGGCAAAGAGAAGAGCCCGGCUGUCAGUAAGAACCCAGCCAAGCCUCCGGUGGUCUCUGUCCCUGCUAAAGCCCCAGAGGACAAGACUUCUAAUACACACUUUGGAGUGGUCAUCCACGAAAGAGUUCCCGAGGCCCCUGAUAGGCCCACCAUCUCCAUGGCGACGGAGAGUUCUGUUUACGUCACGUGGAUCCCGCGGGCUAACGGGGGUUCUCCAAUCACAGCGUUCCGCGUGGAGUAUCGUCGCCAGGGCCGCAGCGCCGAGUGGGUCGUUGCCGCCGACAACAUCUCUCCUCUCAAACUGUCCGUGGAAGUACGCAGUCUGGAACAUGGCUCCACCUAUAAAUUCCGUGUUCUAGCUAUGAACCAGAAUGGGGACAGUCCUCACAGCGCCACCUCUAGGCCGUACCAGGUGUCAGCAGCGAGCCCACGCUUCUCAGACCGCCCGGUGGCCGGACCGCACAUCUCCUCUACAGACGCCGUCAGCGACACUCAGAUCAUGCUACGCUGGACAUACACCCCUUCUAGCAACAACAACACACCCAUCCAAGGAUUCUACAUCUACUACAGACCUACUGAUAGUGACAAUGACAGUGAUUACAAACGGGACGUGGUUGAAGGUCAGUUUACUGUGUGUGUCUGUGAGUCUGUCUGUGUCUGUGAGUCUGUCUGUGUGUGUCUGUGAGUCUGUCUGUGUCUG